CGCCCCUGCAGUGACCAGGGAGCCACCGAGCUUCAGUAACCGUAGACGAAGCUCCGCGACCCCAGUGCCUGGUUCGCCGAACGAGGUGGGCAGACGGCUCGGGAUCAUGACCAGAGCUGGCAUGGAGCGGUGGCGCGACCGGCUGGCACUGGUGACUGGAGCCUCGGGGGGCAUCGGUGCGGCCGUGGCCCGGGCAUUAGUCCAGCAGGGACUGAAGGUUGUGGGUUGUGCCCGCACCGUUGGCAACAUCGAGGAGCUGGCUGCUGAAUGUAAGAGUGCAGGCUACCCCGGGACUUUGAUCCCCUACAGAUGUGACCUGUCAAAUGAGGAGGACAUCCUCUCCAUGUUCUCGGCUGUCCGAUCCCAGCACAGUGGCGUGGAUAUCUGCAUCAACAAUGCCGGCAUGGCCCGGCCUGACACCCUGCUCUCAGGCAGCACCAGCGGAUGGAAGGACAUGUUCAAUGUGAACGUGCUGGCCCUCAGCAUCUGCACUCGGGAAGCUUAUCAGUCCAUGAAGGAGCGGAAUGUCGACGACGGGCACAUCAUUAACAUCAACAGCAUGUGUGGCCACCGAGUCCCACCCCAGUCUGUGAUCCAUUUCUAUAGUGCGACUAAGUAUGCCGUCACUGCACUGACAGAGGGACUAAGGCAAGAGCUUCUGGAGGCCCAGACCCAUAUCCGGGCCACGUGUAUCUCUCCAGGCUUGGUGGAGACACAGUUCGCCUUCAAACUCUAUGACAAGGACCCAAGGGAAGCAGCUGCCACCUAUGAACACAUAAAGUGUCUCAGACCAGAAGAUGUGGCCGAGGCUGUCAUCUAUGUCCUCAGCACCCCCCCACAUGUUCAGGUUGGAGACAUCCAGAUGAGGCCCACAGAGCAGGUGACCUAGUGUUCUGUGGGGAGCUCCUACCUCCCCUACCCUUCACGGCUUGCCUCCUGCCUCUGGAUUUUAGGUGUUGAUUUUUGGACCCUGGAUCUUACUUUCUAUAUCCACCCCACUAAGAGAUAGACAGGUCGUCAGAUUAUUCCCAUUACAAAUGUGAAAAAAUGGGCUGGGGAGAAAAGACAUAAUCGAGACUGCUUUAUCUAACUUUUCCCGAGUCCCCCUCCUGGGGCUCCUUAACCUUUGCUCUCCUGUGCCUCUUCCUUUUGACCCAGGAAAGGGAUGUGGCCAAAAGAGGCGUUGCUCUAUCCUCCUGCACCCCACCCCUACCCCUUAGGGUUGGAGCAGCAGAGACCUCAUCUUUUAUCUGUAUGGUUGUCCAGGGUUCCAGGCUCCCCUUCCCAGCCCACCAAUCCCCCUCCCCCUGCCCACCAGCUCUCCAGCCAAGUUUUGGCCGUUACCCUGGGGUCCUCACUUCACUCUGACCACGGCUACAGAGUAUCAGGGUCUGUCUCCUACUGCAUUUCACCACAACAAUUAAAGAGAAAGAUUGCAACCUA